AUGGCUGUGUGGGAAGUCAACGGCAAGAUUGCCAUUGUGACCGGCGCUGGUUCUGGCAUCAACCACCAUCUGACAAAGAGGCUCCUUCAGUCGGGAUGCUCCGUCGUGAUGGCAGAUCUGGCUCUGCGGCCGGAAGCCGAAGAGACGCUGAAGGAAUACCCUCAUCCCCCAGUUGAGGCUGGUGCUGCAUCGGCCAUCUUUCAGAGAACCGACCUGGUGGACUGGUCGCAGAUCAACCUGCUUUGGGAGACUACUCUCAAGACAUUUGGACACGUCAACCUGCUCGUCAAUGGCGCAGGCCUCUACGAACCUCCAUUCAGCGACUUCUGGAACCCCCCAGGCGUCUCGCCCCUAGCCAAGGAUCCUACAGAUGCCCAGGUUGGCAUGUACAAAACCUACGCAGUCAACACGAUCGCCCCCGUCAGACUCGCACAGAUUGCGAUUGAGUACUGGCUCCGCCCCGAGAAUCGCGUCCUCGGUGGUAACAUUCUCUGGAUCGCGAGUAUGGCAGGCUACAUCCACGGACUCCUGACUCCAUUCUACUACUCCAGCAAGGCCGCAGUGGUCAGCAUUUGCAAGUCCCUGGGCAGUCUGAACAAAAUUGCAGGCAUUCGAAACGCCGCCAUUUGCCCUGGCGUGGUUGAUACACCCAUUUUCCACGCGACAUACAGCCGCGAACGCGUGCAGGCUGAUGAUCUUAUGUUGACCGUAGACGAGCUAGUCGACGUCGCCAUGAGCGGCAUUCAGGACCCCAAGUACGGCGAUGGCAACAUAAUCGAGGUCUUCUGCGGGGGCACAAAGGAGGCCCAUGAAGUUGUCGUUCGCGACGUCCCUCUAGAAGCCAUCUACAAUAUGGAAGGCCUAGUCGGGCUGGCUGCGGGAACGCAUAUCAUAACUAAACAGGAAGCGUUUGAGAAGCAGCUCACAGAGAAGGGGCUGGUAUUCAACUAG